CGGAGGGCGGUUGAGCGGAGAACUUGGUCGCGGCCGUUGUUGUGACAGCGCGGCGGGCGAGGUAGUUCUUUCAGUGUAGAUGCCACAGUUCAACGCUGUUGGAGACAACGUUAUUUCUGGCAAAUGAAAAUAUCAGGAUCUAUUUGUAUUUCUUUGCUUGGAAUUGAAAAGAAUGAAGAGAGGAGUAAUUGCUAAAAAGCAGAAGCAGAAUUUACCAGUUACUUGUAGUAAACAAACUGACCUAUCCACACAGACAGCAAAUGUCAGCCAAAGUACCCAGGAAUGUAAAGACCAUAAGAUACCUUCCAAUGAAGAGACAGACCACAGCCAUGAUCCUCUUGAAGAAGCACUGAACUUUUUGAAGAAAAUUAAAGAUCGUACUUCCCUGAAGAAUGAAGCUUUACAGAAGCACUUAUUAAGUGUGGAAAAGAUUGCCCAAGAAAGAGGCUUGACUCCAGAAGAAAUUGAUGCCUUGUUGAAUAUAGCACUCAGUGGCAAGUUUGCUGAAGUGAUAAACACUAGAUUGUUGAAGAACCUGAUUCCCAUUUCAGCAAUAAAAGAGGAUUCAAUUGUUUCAGCUGUUUCAUGGCUUUGUGUUGGCAAAUGUUCUCGCAAUACUCAGGUCUUUUUCUUAAAAUGGUUAAUUGCAAUGUAUGAUUUCAUUGAUCAUAAGGAGAAGGUUAAUGCACUCUAUGGCUUCUUCUUCAACUUCUUACAGGAUGAAAAACUGUGCCCCUUUGUCUGCCAUGUGCUGUAUGUGCUGACCAGAAGAGAGAAUGUGAAACCUUUCCGUGUGCGACGGCUCUUAGAUCUACGAGCCAAGAUGGGAUCAGAAGCUCCUUUGCAGGCUCUUAUAUUAAUGUAUAAGAGCUUUGCUCCAACCAUGGUACCUGCCAAUGUGUUACAAAGCACAAAGAUACGAUUUAAGAAUUCAGAAAACUUGUGGAAAACAGCAAUUAGUAACAUUAAACAACGCAUGUAUGGCAUUUCACCCUCAUCUCAGCCAAUUUUAACAGGUUCUGUCCAUUUUCAGCCCCCAAAGAAAAAAUGGAAUUCAAAGUUGACAGUGCCUGCGUAUAACACCAACUCUUCUUGCUCGGCUGAGGGUUCAAAGGCCGAAUGCACUGAUUUCCUCAGUCAUCCUAAGUUCUUCCCAGUACAGCAUCUGCAGACCUUCCCCCAACUUUUGCAGAACAUCCAUUGUUUAGAGCUUCCUACCCGAAUAGGCUCAUUGUUAGGAAAUCAUCUGUUACUCCACUACAUUAACUGUGUCAGAGAUGAUGUCGUCUACCAGAGGAUGUACUUUUGGCUUGGGCAAACAUUCAGAGAAGAAUGCCCUUGGAUUAAGAUUGAAAACCAACGAUAUGAACUGGACUUCAAGGACUUCUUGGUGAAAGUCUUGGAAGCUGAAUGCUUCUUGCAGGAGGGCUUCUCAUCUUGUGAAGAAUUUUUGUACAGGAGCUUACCAUUCUGGGAUGGCUGCUGCUGUAGGUCACAGGUCCUGCAGAUGAUCAGUUGGAUCCCCCUCAGCACUUUCUCAGAAAUGAAGCAUUAUCUCUGCAAGCCAUUGACACAGCUGUUUUUCACCUCAUCUCUUUAUUUUAAGUGUAGUGUUCUUGAAAGCCUGAGGGAACUGCUACUGAACUGGCUGAACUGGCACCUCUUGCAAGCAGACAGGACAACAGAGUUAAAUGCAGAUGUUCUGGACACCACCCUUUCGGGCCUGGUUAGUUCUGUGGCCGAGCUUAUCCACUUUGUCGGGUGGCUUUCAACCAUUGCCCUGCACUUGGAGAACAACUCUGCUUUUUUAAUGUACUUCAUCCUGGACUUCUAUGAAAUAGUAUGUGACAUGUAUCAGAAGUAUAACUUCCCUUUGGUUGUGAUGCCUCCUGCUGGAGUUUUCUAUCCAGCGCUGCUUAGCAUGGAUUCUGUCACAGUGGACCAUCUGUGCCACGUUAUGGUCAGGUAUCGAACCAAUUUGAUAGCUGCAAAACAAAAUCAACAAGCUAAAAAGACGUUGCUGCAGUUUAAGUUUAGCAACCAGACUUGCCAAGAAUACAACCAAUAUAUAACAAGCAUAGUUGGAUGCCUGUGGACCUCAAAUGUCUUCCAGAAAGACUUCCACCCUCAGGGGAUAUAUAUGGAGCCCAAAGUGCUGGAGAGGACCACGGUGCAGGAAUACAGGAAGGCCCUGAAUAUAGUGUACCAUCCUGCCUUGACAGGGUAUGCUAUACUCUUCAUGCAGCAGGCACAAUCAGAAGACAAAAUCCCAGAUAUCAAACUAAUUCAGGGGAGGAGAUGGGAUUGGUACUUGGAAUAUCUGUACUCCCAAGAGUUACAAGGCUUGAAACUCUUCAUAGAAAGCAGCAUCACACGUGCGUCUCGACCUUCUCAAACAAAACCAAACAACCGAAUGGGCAUUAAAGAUUGAUUCUUGUGAAUGGAUUUCUUCUCGCCUUCUCCUGAUAAAGCUAAAAUAUGGAUUCUAGUGGACUUCUGUUUCUGAAGAGAGGGAUCCUUUCAGUGCCUUAGUACUGAUAGCUGCUGGAGACAAUAGUAGCAGCACACGGAGAGACCUUUGCCCAGCAGGUCUUUGUGACAUUAAACCUUUCAUCUUUGGGGAAAUCUUUUCAUCUUUGGCCUUGGGAGUACAAACUUGCUCUCCCAGAAGAAAUAGAGCUUUCCUAAUUGCUGUUGCUAACUCUUUGUUUCAUUUUGGAAUUAAGCAACCCGAUUCAAUUCAUAAUUGGAGACAUUCAGGCACAUUACAGCAGAAUUUCCCAGCAUUUGACCAUUCUUUGGACAGAAAUUGUGAUACCUCUCUAGCACAGCUAAAUGUCAUCGUACACUGGUAACCACAAAGCCCUUGUAAUGAACUCAACAAUAGUCUAACGCGGGUUUUUCUUGUGACUUGUAGGUAUGUAAAUAAUUGUAUAGAACUUAUUUAUGCAAUAAAAUGCUCUGUAA